AAAAAUGUUUCGAAAUUAUGAUAAGGAAGAAAAACGAAAACAAAUCAAAAUUCUUGCGAAAUUCACAGAGAUUUCGAUUGCAUUAAGCUAUUAGCUAGAGUGUGUGAGAAAAAAAAUGGUUUCCGAGGAUCCUGAAGGAGAAGGAUCAGAGAGAGAGCCAAGAGACGGAAAUGGCGGCGAGACUACCCCCGACGUACGAUGGACUUCGUGGGCGAUUCCGAUGGUCGUGAUUGCGAACGUCGUCGUUUUCAUCUCCGUUAUGUACGUCAACGAUUGUCCUCGCCAGAGCAAUCGAUGUCUCGCCAAGUUCCUCGGACGCUUCUCCUUUGAGUCUUUCAAGACUAAUCCUCUUCUCGGUCCUUCUUCCUCUACGUUGGAAAAAAUGGGAGCUUUGGCGUGGGGGAAAAUAGUACACAAGCGUCAAGCUUGGAGGCUAUUAACAUGUAUGUGGUUGCACGCAGGUGUUAUCCAUUUGCUAGCAAACAUGUUUUGUGUUGCCUUCAUUGGAGUUCGUCUCGAACAGCAGUUUGGUUUUGUUCGUGUCGGGACGAUCUAUCUUGUGUCGGGAUUCUGCGGGAGCAUAUUGUCUUGUCUUUUUGUACAGAACGCCAUAUCCGUUGGUGCCUCAAGUGCUUUGUUUGGCCUCUUAGGAGCAAUGUUAUCAGAGUUGUUCAUCAAUUGGACUACCUACGACAACAAAGGUGUGGCUCUGAUAAUGCUUUUGGUGAUUGUUGGUGUUAACUUAGCGUUAGGAACACUUCCUCCUGUUGAUAACUUUGCUCAUAUUGGAGGUUUCUUGGGUGGUUUUUUGCUCGGUUUUCUUCUCCUGAUUCAUCCACAGUUCGAAUGGGAGGAGAACCGAGUUUCUCUUAUGCCUGGUUCCAUUGUUAAACCCAAGUACAAUGCUUGCCAACUCGUGCUUUGUAUAGUUGCAGCCAUUGUCUUUGUCGCCGGGUUUGUCUCUGGGUUGGUGAUAUUAUUCAAAGGAGAUAAUCUGAACAGAUAUUGUAAUUGGUGCCAUAAACUUAGCUACUCGGUUAAAUCCCAAUGGACAUGACAGUUCUUUUCUUCUUAAUUAGUGUUAGAUUAUUUUCUUUUCCUUUUUUUGUAAUUAC